CAUGUCCCAUUGACCUAUGCCCUUUCCUAAGGCUGGACCAUGUCUGGUUUAUUUUUGUACCCUACAAUCCAAGUUGGUGUUUGAGUCAUAUGGGUGCGUGAUAAGUAUCCAGUAAACGAAUGAAUAAACAAAUAAUAGAAAAUAAUUAGAUAAAAGUAUACUAAGACCGAGUCUAAACAUAGGCCAAAAAAUCCUUCGUAGAAUUAAUAACACAAGACACUUUAUUGAUAAAACUGAGUCACACAGUUAAGCAUCAUUAAAAAUAAUCUUACGCGGAAAACAAGAACAUGUAUCUGUCGAGAUGGAUUAUAUUGUUUUGGAAUUAGAGAAUGUGCAGUUUGCUUUUUCCUUUCCGACUGUUUUUUGUUUUUUAAACUGGUGUCUCCAGCGCUGCAGCCCAGCCCGUGGAACCUAAACGGCCCAGGUCCCAGGAGUUCCCAGAGUCCUGGGCUCCCCCCGGUCUAGAAGGGUCUAGAAAGGCUCCCAAAGGCCCAGGCUGUCGACCAGCGCAGCUCCAGCCGGCGCCACCUCUGCGGUCUGGGACGGCGGGGACCGUCCCGAAGAAGGUCCCCCGCCGCCUCGGGAGUCAGGUUCUCGUGUUUUUCUCUCUCAAAAUUUAAUGGAUAGUUUUCGUUUGCUUCUGUUCUGACUUGAUUAAAGAGGAGAAAAAAAGAGUUUGACUGCAAGGAGAGUAACAGUGGCAGAAGGCGCAUCUGGCUUCACUUUCUAAAUUCCAUCUUCCAUCGAAGUUUGUGUUGUGUUGUUUUCUUCAUUUGACAAGGAUCCCGUGAACUUCUCCUUCGGGGAAAUGGCGCGUCCAAAGCCCGCCAAGCCCAGCCUGCGAACUUCAGGAUUUAUUAGGGUAAUAUUUUAAACAAAACCUCGACAGACACAAACUCAAAGGAAACCGUGCACUCCUUCAGUCAAAGGCAUCUGUUCUCAUAGCAGCGCUCGGUUUGCUGUUUGCAGUCAGCGUUAGGAGCAGGAUUUUCAAACAUGAAAAUGGAUAAAAGGAAAGAAAAGCCAAGUCCCGCGGUCCUCCGACGCCUAUUCAUUAUCUCCAGCAGCAUAUGGGACCAUUCUCCUACUUGUUCUCGCCCUUUCUUCCGCCAAAGCAAAAGCAACCAAGCCUGUCCCGCUUCAUAGCAAACCUACUCUUUGUGCCUGAGCAGUGCCACUACCACCACUUCCUCCUCCGCCCGCCGCCGCCUCCUCCCGCUCGCCGCCAGCUUUGGCUCCGGUUGGGAGGCGGCGGCUCCCUUUGCGCCGGGAAGCCGGUGCCGCGAUUGGGCGACGGUCCCUGAGCCUCCAGUUCUGCGUCGGUUUCAAGGCUCCUCCCUCUCGGUGAAAGACAGACUGCGGGGCGCCUGGAAACCGGUCUGAGGGAGCGCGAGGGAGAGGAGAGGGAGCGAGUUGAGGGAUUGACACAAAUGGUCAGGCGGCGGCGGAGGAGGCGGAGGCGCAGAGGGGACCCGAGGCCGCUGGGCUGCGGCGAGUUGCGCGCUCUACCCGGCCGCGGCCACUAGCGCGGCGCUGCCAGCGGGAGCCAGCGAGCCGAGAGCCAGGAAGACGGGACACGACCCCAGGGAACCCGAGCCACCAGGGCUGUCCCCGCCGCCUGCGCUUCAUGAAUCGCAAGUUUCCGCGGCGGCGGCGGCUGCGGGACUCAGAGCAGGAGCCGGGGCAGCGGGCCGAGCACGGCUCGGUCUCGACGGAGGGCACCGGCGCAAAGAUCUCCCUGGCCGCAGGGGAAGCCUCUACCAGCCCCAGCGGAGCGCCGCCGAGAAAGGAGCCGAGAAAGUAUGGCUGAGGAGGAGGUGCCUAAGAAGUCCCGGGCCGCCAGCGGCGGCGCAAGCUGGGAACUUUGUGCCGGGGCGCUCCCAGCCGGGCUGUCGGAGGAGGGGAGCGUGGACACAGGCAGCCGCCGCCGCCGCCCCCCAGCUGACCCCCGGCGCUUGGCGCGCCAGCUGCUUCUGUUACUUUGGCUGCUGGAGGCUCCGUUGCUGCUGGGGGUCCGGGCGCAGGCGGCGGGCCAGGGGCCGGGCCAGGGGCCGGGCCAGGGGCCCGGGCCGGGGCAGCAACCACCGGCACCACCACCGCCCCCACAACAGCAGCAGAGCGGGCAGCAGUACAACGGCGAGCGGGGUAUCUCCAUCCCCGACCACGGCUAUUGCCAACCCAUCUCCAUCCCGCUGUGCACAGACAUCGCGUACAACCAGACCAUCAUGCCCAACCUGCUGGGCCACACGAACCAGGAGGACGCGGGCCUGGAGGUGCACCAGUUCUACCCGCUGGUGAAAGUGCAGUGCUCCGCGGAGCUCAAGUUCUUCCUGUGCUCCAUGUACGCGCCCGUGUGCACCGUGCUGGAGCAGGCGCUGCCUCCCUGCCGCUCCCUGUGCGAGCGCGCGCGCCAGGGCUGCGAGGCGCUCAUGAACAAGUUCGGCUUCCAGUGGCCAGACACGCUCAAGUGCGAGAAGUUCCCGGUGCACGGCGCCGGCGAGCUGUGCGUGGGCCAGAAUACGUCCGACAAGGGCACCCCGACGCCCUCGCUGCUACCGGAGUUUUGGACCAGCAACCCCCAGCACGGCGGCGGAGGGCACCGCGGCGGCUUCGCCGGGGCCUCGGAGCGAGGCAAGUUCUCCUGUCCGCGCGCCCUCAAAGUGCCCUCCUAUCUCAACUACCACUUCCUGGGGGAGAAGGACUGUGGCGCGCCCUGUGAGCCGACCAAGGUAUACGGGCUCAUGUACUUCGGGCCCGAGGAGCUGCGCUUCUCGCGCACCUGGAUCGGCAUCUGGUCCGUGCUGUGCUGCGCCUCCACGCUCUUCACCGUGCUCACGUACCUGGUGGACAUGCGGCGCUUCAGCUACCCGGAGCGGCCCAUCAUCUUCCUCUCCGGGUGUUACACGGCCGUGGCCGUGGCCUACAUCGCCGGCUUCCUGCUGGAGGACCGGGUCGUGUGUAACGACAAGUUCGCUGAGGACGGGGCGCGCACGGUGGCGCAGGGCACCAAGAAGGAGGGCUGCACCAUCCUUUUCAUGAUGCUGUACUUCUUCAGCAUGGCCAGCUCCAUCUGGUGGGUGAUACUGUCUCUCACCUGGUUCCUGGCGGCCGGCAUGAAGUGGGGCCACGAGGCCAUCGAGGCCAACUCGCAGUAUUUCCACCUGGCCGCCUGGGCUGUCCCGGCCAUCAAGACCAUCACCAUCCUGGCGCUGGGCCAGGUGGAUGGCGACGUGCUGAGCGGAGUGUGCUUCGUGGGGCUCAACAACGUGGACGCACUGCGCGGCUUCGUGCUGGCGCCGCUCUUCGUGUACCUGUUCAUCGGCACGUCCUUCCUGCUGGCCGGCUUCGUGUCGCUCUUCCGCAUCCGCACCAUCAUGAAGCACGACGGCACCAAGACGGAGAAGCUGGAGAAGCUGAUGGUGCGCAUCGGCGUCUUCAGCGUGCUCUACACGGUGCCCGCCACCAUCGUCAUCGCCUGCUACUUCUACGAGCAGGCCUUCCGGGACCAGUGGGAGCGCAGCUGGGUGGCCCAGAGCUGCAAGAGCUACGCCAUCCCCUGCCCUCACGUCCAGGCGGGCGGGGGCGCCCCGCCGCACCCGCCCAUGAGCCCGGACUUCACCGUCUUCAUGAUCAAGUACCUCAUGACGCUGAUCGUGGGCAUCACGUCGGGCUUCUGGAUCUGGUCCGGCAAGACGCUCAACUCGUGGAGGAAGUUCUACACGCGGCUCACCAACAGCAAGCAGGGGGAGACCACUGUCUGACGUCCGCUCCCUCCCAGCCCCGGCCGCCCCGGCUGGACCCUGGACAGGCUUUGGCAGGCUCCUCCUGAGCACACGACGGCUCCUGCAGAAGCUCCGUCCCCGCUGCAGAGUAGUGCCCGCCCGCCAGAGGGGGACGGACCCACCUCCUGCCCUCACACUCUGGCACUAGGACUGUGUGCUUUUAUGAUUGUAAAUACCCGUGUAAGAUUUUUGUAAGUAUAUUUGUAUUUAAAUGAUCGACCACAUGUUUUUCUUUAUUUUUUUUUAAUUAUUUAGGGCGUUUUAACCAUUUCAGGCUUUUUUUUCUUGCCUUUUUCGGAGCACUGCAGGGGAGACGAAAGCAGAGCACCCGGGCCGAGUGCGCUCGCUCAUCCUCCCGCCUCUCCCCGCCGCGGGGCUCGGGCCUCCCAGGGUGUCCGCUCCGGGCGAGUCCCGGCUGCUGGCGCGCCGGGGGCGGGGGCUGCGCGAGGUCACGGUCUGUCGGUCCUCCGCCGCCGCCUCUGCAGCUGCCCUUCCCUUCCUUGCUUGGGGUGGGGGCUCGUAAGAUACAGAAAAAGCAGCACCAAGCCUCCAAAUCUGGAGGUGGGCCCCUGCCCGUUCCAGUUCCUCCCGUGUUCAGCGGCACAUUGGGAAGGCCUGUCUCUUUGAUUCCCUGAAGCUGAAUUCUAACUGUCCAGAACCUUUCCCCAAAUUCCUGGGGCCCCGCGGGCGUGCGCGCUGGCAGUUGCAGCCUCCCUUCGUGCUCACAUCUAACGUCCAGACCCUCCCUCCUUCCCCCCAAGUGGUUAGAGGGUGCGUGGAAUAACCGUUGCCAAACUUUUUAAAGUCUGAUUUUUGGUGAAUGAGCUCAUUUCGUUCUCUGGUGUCUAAAACCUGGGAUGGGUUUGGCCAGCCAGCGUCAUGGAAAGAUGUGGUUAAGGAGAUUUGGGAAGAGGCACGAAGCUUUGUGUGGGUUAGGAGAGACGGAAGGUAGGGGUUAUAAAACGUUAAUUCUAAUUGCAUACUGAUGCCUGGCACCCUGCCUUGAGGAAUGAGACAGCCUGCAUUUAGAUUUUACCCUUCUGUAACAUGGAAACGUUGAGGUCACCUGGAAAGUUUUAUUAAGGCGUUGAUCUUUGCUUUCCUUAACAGGACAGUAGAAUUAAACAAAAAUUGAAAAAGGAGAUUUCAGUGCAAUGGACUUCCUCAAAAUGAAGUGCUGUUUUCUUAUUUUUAAUCAAAUAAUAAUCAGACAUAUAUCAGAAGCUUUAAAAAUACAGAAGUUGUACACUUUGAACAGUUUAUUUUGAUUCUUAUUCAGCAAAACAUUCUGAGGAACAAUCCACCCCACUAAUAAUAACCUGGUAAGAUUUCAGGAGGUAAAGGAGGUGGAAAAAAUGGAUGGGGUUAAAUCCUGAAGUAAAUCAAAUCUGAGCAUGCAUGCUCACGGGAGAUUGUGUGCAGGCCUACUGCAUUAAAUCCUGUGCUCCUUUUUGGGGUUUACAGAAGUAUGUCAAAUGUAAAUCUUUCAAAGCCAUUCUAAAAUAUUCUCUUUAGUUCUCUGUGAAGGAGAUGAGCAGUCCUCCCGAUUGUAUUGUUUUGAACUUUGAGAGUUUAUCAAAAUGCCAGUAGUUAGGACCUAAAUUUAUCUAUGUCCGUCAUACCCUAAAAUGACAUCGGUCUUUGAAUUUGGUAUGCAUUUAUUCUGUUCACUAUCACAAAAUCAUCUAUAUUUAUAGAGGAAUAGAAGUUUAUAUAUAUAUAUAUAAUACCAUAUUUUUAAUUUCGCAAAUAAAAAAAUCGAAGUUUUGUAC